UCAAUAUCUCGCUCGGCUUUCCUCCCAGCAUCACUGAGUUGCCGACUAGUGAGCAUCUUUCUCGCUCGUCUCUUCUCCUCGGUGCCCAAUUAAAACAUUCUUCUCAACAAGAUGACCGCGAAUGAACUUCCCUCUGGUGUUUCAAAUUGCUAUGUAUUCAAAAGCCGGUUGCAGGAAUAUGCUCAGAAGUACAAGCUCCCAACCCCUAUUUACGAGACUGUCAAAGAAGGCCCUUCACACAAAUCUUUGUUCCAGUCCACAGUAAUAGUAGAUGGUGUCAGAUAUGAUUCUUUACCUGGAUUCUUCAACCGUAAGGCUGCAGAGCAAUCAGCUGCUGAGGUUGCUCUCCGAGAAUUAUCUAAGUCCACCGAGCUAGGCCAAUGUGUUUCACUACCUGUUCACGAGAUGGGUCUAUGCAAGAACCUUCUUCAAGAGUACGCUCAAAAGAUGAACUACGCCAUUCCACUCUACCAAUGCCAAAAGAGCGAGACUACCGGGAGAGCUCCACAGUUCACAUGCACUGUAGAGAUCGGAGGCAUAAAGUACACAGGAGCUGCAACAAAAACCAAAAGAGAGGCUGAGAUAAGCGCUGGAAGAACAGCUCUUAUAGCGAUCCAGUCAGAAUCCAAAAUCGACCUUGCUAACAACCACAGCACUCAGCUCACUGUGCUUCCUUGUGAAAAGAAGACGGUGGAGGUGGUAAGUCCGGUGAAAGAAACCAUCAAGACUCCAAAAGCCAGGAGGGCUCAGUUCAAGAGGAAAGCUAAGAAAGGAAAACGCAAAGUAGUAGCUAAGGAUCUUGAAGAUGGCACCAUCAUCCCCCCUCAACCUACAGAGCAUUGUCAAAACGAUCAGACAGAGAAUGUUGAGAAAGUGCUAAACCUGGAACCUUCGUCGUGUGUGAGUGUUAAUGGGUUUAAGGAGGCAGCAGCGUUUGCGAGUGUGGAGACAGAAGCAAGCCAAGCAUAAGUCUGUCUUUUGUGAGUGUGAUUGUACUUGUUUAUGAUAGCCAUUUUUUAUUAACUUAUUAUAAUUGGUCUGUUCAAGUAGUGUUUCUUUGUAGUAGUAGUAUUAAGAUACAUGAGGUUGUUUUGGUUAUGAACUGAAAGGUCUUGUCAUCACUAUAA